UAUCUGUACACACUUUAGCUUCUUUAAACCGGGAAUUUCAAGUAUCUUGUAGCACAUGAGUUAUUUAUAAUGUGUUAAUCAAAUAAUUAAUAAAUGAUAAUAUGUCACAUGGUUAUAUUCACGAAUAGUGUAAUAACAUUGUAAUACAUAGUGCUUAAAGUAAAUAAACUGUUUUGGGUGUGACAGUAGUUGACAGAUAACCUAUUACGACCACAGUUUGGCCGCAAUUAUUAGACCUAAAAUUGGAUAUUAUUGAAAAUAAGCAAUGCAACUUCAAGCUAGUGCGUUGCUUGAUAAGCUGAAGCAUUGCCAAAAGGCAUUAUCGUUUAGUGAGUUGCAGUUAACUACAUCUCAAAAGGUUGUAUUAUGGAGCCUAGGAGUAGUGGGCACAAGUGCUGUAGUAGUUGGGAUAUUGUCCCGAUACUUAGCAAGGAGGAGAGCAAAGCCCAUACUGAACCCUCGGAUACAAAGGGCAAUAAACAAGAGAAUCUCUAGGAUGAGGAGUCCCAGCGGAGGAAUGGGAUCAGUUGCAAGUAGUGGAGGCCGUAGCAGUCCACUGGGUUUUAGCGAGCGGCUGUCACUAGCUUCAGGUUCUAUUGGAUCAGGAGGAGGAGAUGCUGCCCCACUUUCGCCACAGCAGCUUGGUGUUAUGGGUAUGGAGGCCUUGGAGACGAGCAUCAAUUAUUGGGAGGACGCACUGGCCGCGUUCUCGCUGGGCGCCCGCGGCGGCGUGUCGGGCACGCUGGCGCUCACCUCGCCCGAGGAAGCGGAGUUCUGUCGAGAGAUCCAGGACCUGCUGCAAAACGCGUACUUAUUACAAGAACGGUGUGAGCUCCUGUUCCUCGACCAGCGCUCCGUCCUAUUCCGGUCGGAGAGCGGCGGCGGCGGCGACGCGGGCUCGGGCGGCGCGGGGCGGCGCUCGCGGCUGCUGUCCACGCACACCGGCUCCUCGCACACGCGCCGCGAGCACCACUCCAGCGCCGAGUCCUUCGCGUCCGCGGAAGAUCAGGUAGCGGAUUUAAGAGAAUUCGACGACCUGAAAGAUGACCUGCCUGAAGUAGAAAACUUAGAAUUAUAUCAAUUAGGUGUGAAACAAUUAGAAAUCGGCAUUCCUUAUAGAACGCUGCGCACGGACGUGGUGCAAUGUGCCUCAGACUCUGAGUUCCUGUGCAAGCUGCACGCGCUGCGGCUGGCGCUGGCGGCCGUGUUCCGCGCGCCCGCCAACUGGGCGUGGUUCGUGGACGCCGGCCGCCAGGUGCUCACCGACCUGCUGCUCUACGCCGACAAGGAACCCAAAGAGUUUCUAGUUGCAUAUGAAGAAAUGGUAACGUGGACAUCAGACCCCGCGAACUGGGCCACAAUUGAAAGCGAACUUUCCAGUAAAGGAGUUAAAGUGCUGUCCUUCUACGACGUGGUGCUGGACUACAUCCUACUAGAUGCCUUCGAGGACCUGGAGUCGCCGCCCUCGUCCGUGCUCGCCGUCGUGCGCAACCGGUGGCUUUCAGACGGGUUCAAAGAGAGCGCGCUAACGACGGCAGUGUGGUCGGUGAUCAAGGCGAAGCGACGCUACCUGCAGUACCCGGACGGGUUCAUGGCGCACUUCUACUCCAUCUCCGAGCACCUGCUGCCCGUGCUGGUGUGGGGCUUCCUCGGCCCGCACGAGCGGCUCAAGGAAGUGUGCCGCGCCUUCCAAGCGGAGAUCGUGGGUUUCAUCGCGGACCUGUUCAGCUUCCAGCGCUCGCGCUACACGACGGUGGAGGAGCUGGCGGCCGACGCCAUGCUGCACGCGCGCGCGCGCGCCGCCGCCAUCACCGACAAGCUCGCCGACCGCGGCUAGGCGCCAAACUGGACCCUAAGUGGUUACAGGUAGAGGCUGUUUUUCCAUGUCGUGUGUGAGAGGUAUACGGCAAAGUGUAAUGCCAUCUUAAGCUCGAGAGUAAUCGUCAUGAAAUAUAUCAGAGCGGCCAAGGUGUUACGAAUAGGUAUCUAAGCGAACCACUAUUAUCAAGAUGUCUUAAGACUAAUUCGUGCUUCGAAUCGGACAGCUAAUAUUGGUGGCACCGUACAUUAUGCGUUAACACUAAUUGUCAAAAAUUUACAUUUGGCAAUAGGGGGUAUUACUGCAAUGUUCUGCCGCCAGAGUGCAGCAUUAAGCUAGCUAGUAAACCAUAGAGUAACUUAUACAUACUGUGCCUUAAACUGUUUUGACAAGUUUUCACAGACAAUAAAAUAUGACAUUGAUGCAUCAUGGCGGUUUGUUAACAAGGGCCUACCGGGAAACGCGAAAAAUCGAAAUUUUGUUAUCUGCCUCGCUCUUUAUCGCUCGAAUAUAUGCAAGAGUGAUAGAGAGGUUAGAUAACGAAAUUUCUAUUUUCUUCUUUCGCGGUAGACCCCCAGAUUG